CCCCGUCUUCCCGCCUGCUCCCAGCAUCGAAUCCCCAUUCCACCAGCCCAAACACGCUGAUCUCUUUUGUUCCUACCCUUGGCCCUCAUCUAUCCUGCUUCUUCCUAACAAUAUACAGCACAAAAUGACAACAAUCACCGAAGCAGGCCGCAAAACCACAAUCGUGCCCCCCUCGACUGACACCUUCGCCGCCUGCCAGCAGCCCACAAUCAGACUGUACCCGGUCACCAACUACACUUUCGGCACGAAGGAGGCGCAGCCGGAGGAAGACCCGUCUGUAUCUGCCCGGCUGCAGCGGUUACAGGAUCAGUAUGAGCAGUAUGGCAUGCGCCGGACGUGCGAGGGCGUGCUGGUGUGUCAUGAGCAUGGGCAUCCGCAUAUUCUGAUGCUGCAGAUCGCAAACGCGUUCUUCAAGCUACCCGGCGAUUACCUCCAACCCGGCGAAGACGAGAUCGAAGGCUUCAAAGUCCGUCUAAACGAACGCCUCGCGCCCGCGCCCGGCCAGCAAUUCGCGCCGGACCAGCACACCGAGGAAUGGGAUAUCAGCGACUGCAUCGCGCAGUGGUGGCGGCCCAACUUUGAGACGUUCACGUACCCGUUCAUUCCGCCGCAUGUGACGCGUCCGAAGGAGUGCAAGAAGAUGUAUUUGGUGAAUCUGCCAAAGCAUAAGGUGCUCAGCGUGCCUAAGAACAUGAAGUUGCUUGCUGUGCCGUUGUUUGAGUUGCAUGAUAACUCUGCGAGAUAUGGAUCGCAGCUUUCUGCCAUUCCGCAGUAUCUGAGCAGAUACAACUUUGAGUUUGUGGACGAGAACGAUGUGGUGAUUGGAAGAUCGAUAGGCCUGCCGUCGCAGUAAGCAGCAUGGGUGGUUUGCUAGGAUAGUUUCGAUGAUGUGAUUUGUGUAUGCAUGAUUAGAGAAAUGACAGACAUACUUGAUCUACUGUAAAACU